AGGUUAAAAAAGAGCAUCAAGAUGACGUGCAACAGGCCAACGGAACACAAGUUGCCACAAACCAACUAUUUUUUUUUCCCUUUUUUGUUACUUCUCCUUCAUCUCUCCUAUUUUAAUUAAGAAGCAUGGAUAAUCAAUUAAUUAAAACUGUCAACAAGUUACAGGAUGCUUUUGCAACUGUAGGAGUUCAUAACCCAGUGGACUUACCCCAAAUUGCUGUAAUUGGGUCUCAAUCCAGUGGUAAAAGUUCAGUCCUGGAAAACAUUGUGGGUCGAGAUUUUUUACCGCGAGGAACCGGUAUUGUCACCCGUAGACCUCUUAUUCUUCAAUUAAUCAACCGAGCAGCACCAACUACCUCAAGUUCGCCUACGAGUGAGAAAGACAAUGUAUCCAGUGAUGCUCAAGAAAAUCCAGACGAGUGGGGAGAAUUUUUACAUUUGCCAGGUCAAAAGUUUUAUAACUUCAACAAAAUUAGAGAAGAGAUUGUAAAGGAUACCGAGUUAAAGACGGGUAAAAAUGUUGGUAUCUCUCCUCAACCCAUUAAUCUUCGUAUUUUCUCUCCCAAUGUCUUGACCUUAACCUUGAUUGAUUUGCCUGGUUUGACUAAAGUACCCGUUGGUGAUCAACCCAAAGAUAUUGAAAAGCAAAUUCGCGAUAUGAUUCUCAAAUACAUUACCAAGCCAAAUGCUAUUAUCUUGGCAGUAACUGGCGCUAAUACCGAUUUAGCCAACUCAGAUGGUUUGAAGUUGGCACGAGAUGUGGACCCUGAGGGUCUGCGCACUAUCGGUGUAUUAACAAAGGUUGACUUGAUGGAUCAGGGUACUGAUGUCAUUGAUAUCUUGGCCGGUAGAGUUAUUCCUCUUCGAUUAGGCUAUGUCCCUGUUGUUAAUCGUGGUCAACGUGAUAUCGACCAAAAGAAGUCCAUCAACAAGGCUUUGGAUUCUGAGCGUGAAUAUUUCGAAAAUCAUGCUUCUUACAGAAGUAAAGCUCAGUACUGCGGUACCCCUUUCUUGGCACGUAAAUUAAAUAUGAUCUUGAUGCAUCAUAUUCGUAAUACCCUUCCUGAAAUUAAGGCCAAAAUACAGGCUGCCUUACAAAAAUACCAACAAGAGUUGUUACAAUUGGGUGAUCCUUUAAGUGACGGUUCCAACUCUGGUCAAGCUAAUUUGGUCUUGAACAUCAUUACCGAAUUCUGUACAGAGUUUAGAACAAUCAUUGAUGGUAAUUCCAAUGAUUUGACAAGUUUUGAAUUAUCCGGUGGUGCUAGAAUCAGUUUUGUCUUUCAUGAGUUAUAUUCGAACGGUGUCAAGAGCGUCGAUCCUUUAGAACAAAUUAAGGAUGUGGAUAUUCGUACCAUUCUUUACAACUCUUCUGGUUCCUCUCCUGCUCUUUUCGUAGCAACCACAGCUUUUGAAGUUAUCAUUAAGCAACAAAUUAAGCGUUUAGAAGAACCCAGUGUUAAAUGUAUCAACAUGGUCUAUGAUGAGCUGGUUCGUAUCUUGAGUCAAUUGUUGAACAAGCAAUUCUUCAAGCGUUUCCCUGCCCUUAAAGAGAGAUUUUAUCAAGUGGUUUUAUCCUUCUUCAAAAAGGCAUUGAACCCUACUAGCAAGCUUGUAACUGACCUCGUUGCAAUGGAAGCUUGUUAUAUCAAUACAGCCCAUCCCGACUUUUUAAGUGGCCACCAAGCAAUCGCCAUUGUAAAUGAGCAAUUACAAGCUAAAAACCAACCUGCUCAAAUUACCGAUAAACAACAUAAUAACAAUACCAACAACAACAAUAACAGACAGCAACAAUUAGCUGCACUCCAAACUACCAACACUUCCAGUGCUUCUAGCAUUGAUUCCAGUAAUGAUACCAGUGGUUCAUUCUUUGGUAGUUUCUUUGCCGGUCCUAAAAAGACCAAGAAGAGCGUCGGAGGAAUGAUGGAGGCUCCACCUGCCACUUUAAAGGCUAUGGGGGCUCUAUCCGAGCGUGAAUUUAUGGAGACCGAAGUCAUUAAACUUUUGAUUCAAUCCUAUUACAACAUUGUUAAGCGUACUAUGAUUGAUAUGGUUCCUAAAGCCAUCAUGUUAAACUUAGUCAGCCAUGCCAAGGAGGAGCUCCAAAGAGAAUUGUUAUCCGAAUUAUACAAGGCAGAUGUUUUGGCUGAUUUAUUGCAAGAAUCUGAAUUCACUCAACAAAGAAGAAAGGAGUGUAAGAAGAUGAUUGAGGCUUUGCAAAAAGCUGAUGAGAUUGUUGGCUCUGUUUAAAUACCCUUAUUAAAUUAAUAUUAAAUAAACAAAAAAAACACUAUGUCUCACAUAAAAAAGAAUA